GAGUGAUCAUUACUUAUUCUUUUAUGUUUAGUAAAAACCUGCUAUCAUUACUAAACAACAUUAGUUGUUAGUACUAAUUAGCUGAAAAAUUCAUUGCACUAAUCAUUUUUAGCACAGAUAACUCGGUAUGUUUACUUUUGCAAUAAAGGGGAGGGGCCAAUUCAAAAAGCUGCCUGGUCACGUGACCAGACCAACGUCUAACGUGCGUCCAAGGGGCUCUUCACCUGGCGGGACGAGCACAGGCAUCGGCAGCAGACGGAAUCCAAGAAAGCAACUUUACCACCUCGAAGUGGAAUGGUUAGUAUGUAAAAUAACUAUUGUAGCCUAGUUAUCUUUGUGGGAAUGUUUAAUACCCAAAAGCUUGCAGAUAAUUUGACGCAGCUUUUAUUUCCGUCUAAUGUUAAUGUUUGAACCUGUGCAUGGUGUUAAUACAUGCUUAUUGCUAAAACUAGCUAGCUAGCUACUCAAAAAGUGUUAGCUGAACUUAAAGUUAACUUAGUGUUAACAGUCUGAGGACGGCUCACAUACCGUUAGUUUGUUCGACUGUAUCACUUAUUCAACCCUUCAUUUUACGCAAUAGAAAAACGAUUCAACCGCUGUCGGGGCAAAUUACAUCCGCUGUGGAGGUGUUUAGCUACACCCGAGCUACUUGCAGCCAUUGAUUCACUGGUCGCUCUCUUUUCCCCCCUCACUCUCUACACACUGGCUGCGUGGCGUGUCUGUUUAUAGUUAUAGUUGCGCCACACGCAAGCAUUGGAAGCGUUUCCAGGCUAAAUUUUAUAUGAAAAGAUAUAUUAGUAUAUUUCAUUUUGACAUGAAUACUAAUUAAUAAAUGGCAUGUUGAUGUUCGAAAGUCUCGAGUUUAUGACAUAAAUGCAGAUAUACAAAUGUAAUUUAAAAAACAAAAAGAUGAUCGAUUUUCAAAUAUUGCACCUUUACAGAAUGCAAUAUACUGUAGUGUAUUUACCGUCAAUACUGCCGACGUUGUCUUUGCUGUAAUCAAAUCAGUAUAUAUUUAUGUGUAACAUGAAGUAUACUGCUUGAGUGCAGUAAAUCAAUGGGAAACAUGCAUGUGUCCAGACAAGGCUAGCAGCAGCGCCGCGUCAGACACGUUUCUGGUGUGAAAAGACAGAAAAAUCCACGCAACUGACACGCAACAGAAAUGCCACGCCGGCAGUGUGUAACCGGCCUCACACACGCUUGUUUUCAUGCCGGUUUUCUCUGUAACACAGGUGUUGUUUCGGUUUUAUUACCUUAUUGUAUUUAACAGUGACAUUGUUGUGCUGAGUUGUUGACCUAAACAGUUUCUUGUUUUACAGAGUCUUGUGGUGUGAGGAUGCUGUGGAAGUGUAAGUACUGCAGCCCUGGAGGCCUGUAAAGACUUGGUUGAUGAAAUGCAGAAGAGAACACCAAAUGGACCUCUUGUGAAACAGAAGAUGGAUCAGACGUUUGCUCUGAGAAGAAAAGAGGUAGUGGAGUCGGAACCUGCCAUAAGCACGAUGGUGAGACGCUGGCCUGCCCUUUUCACUGAAGAUCAAGUCUUCAUGGAGUUCAGCAGGAUUGUGGGCAAGAACCUCAAGACGGAAUUCUAUGAGAGCAUCGACCGGCACAGUCCUCGUCUCCUCGAGUUAUUUGGAUCCAAGAGAGGGAAUGUUGGACAGACCAAUAAGACUACAGAGCCAACUGAGUGUCAGAGGGCUUCCUAUCAUCCUGGGGACAACCCCACAGACCUCUUCAAAGCAGGCUUUGAAUCUGACGAUGAGGAUUCUUUUUGUGACCCAGACAUUGGGAUACUUCUUAUUGAGCGUGAAGGUGCUGUGCUCACAUCCUCCCAGCAUCUCAGUCCAGCCUCGUUGGAAAUCAUCAUUGAGGGAGAAGUCGUGAUGGACAACAUUCAAGAUCUGCCAAAAGCAAUGUGCAUUCUGUUUGGACUCAUGUAUGCACUCCAUCUUAACUACCCCAAGACUAUGAAGCUCACAUUUCAGUUCAUCCAACAGGUAUUGCUCUUGUUAGUUCACACUGACCUAAAGCCAAAGCUACAGACUUUGAAAAAUCAGCUCGCAAUGUAAAGAGAUGUCAAGUCUACUUUUAAGAAACUGUUGACUGUUUUUUUUUUCUUACCUGUGGGGUAAACCUUCUUAUUUUCUGUAAAACAGGUGGACAAACAGACGCAUAAAACGCACACACACACACACACACAGACACAUACAACACCCACAAACAAAACUGACACACCUAUACACAUAUUUUGUGGGAAGCGUGCUAAAGGAUGUGACUUGUGUGACAAUUUAAACUGAGCGGAGUUGUAGCGGAAAGACAUAGGACAUUGUUAUAUUAUAUACAUGUUUCAGUUCUUCAUCAGUCUAUGCAGAUGGAAUUAGAUAUUGUUCUGAUAUGAUAGUCUGUUGGUUCAUGCUCUGGCCUCCCUUCAUUGAGGCAGAUGAAACAGAUCCUUUUUGUGAUUAGCUGUGUUUGGCCAUUUUUCUUAAAAGUAAAAUGCAUUGGAGCAUUUA